AUGCCUCGCCAAAUACCUCAUCCUCAGAUGAUCUUUCACCCUGUUCCGCACGACUGCUCUCCCAAGGCCAAAGAGAUGCUUCUUCACCCGGACAACAAACCAUUUGUAUCUCUGUACAAGAAAGCUGCCGGACCGGACGAGGAAGAUCAGUACGGGCUCGAGAUCGGCUAUCACGUCCAGACGAGGCCUCGUUCUCUGGUGAUAGUAGAAGUGGGAAAGAACGCCGACCUUGUGAUGCCGGGGUCGAACAUCUCCCAAGUUCACUUUUCUUUUGAGAUCCAUCCAGAAUCCCGUCAAAUCAUGUUCUGGGACCGGUCCCGACUUCACAGCACCAAGAUAAGCCCCGAUGGCUUCAGGGUGGAUGGGAAUUUCCGCCAGGUCGUCUUGCUGCCGGGAACGGAAUACAAAAUUAGCGCUGGCGCACGCCUGCCACCGGGGCCGUCCAGCGAACGAUCGAGGUUGGACGGCUAG